AUGAAGUUAGAAGAAUCAUUGGAAGUCAAAAGAAAAGUUCUCGAUUAUAUACCUAAUGAUAUUUCUUUUGACAUUUUAUUGAAAUUGCCAGUGAAAUCAUUGAAGCGAUUUACAUGUGUAUGUCAUUUCUGGGCAUAUUUAUUUAAAAAUCCUCUAUUCAUGAAAAUGUACUGCACACAUUUUUUCUUAUCUAAAUACGAAUAUCAUCAUAAUUUUCGUCUCCUCUUAAAGCAGAGAGAAUAUUGGUAUGAAGAUAUUAGUGAUAUAUUUUUACUUUCUGGUAAAAAUUUUGAGAAUAAAGUCAAGUUAGAUUGGCCACCUCCGUUUCAGAUGUAUCGAGAAGAUACAUUUAUUCUUGGUUCUGCUGUUAAUGGCAUAAUUUGUAUUUAUCAAGGAAGUGGAUUUGGAAACACCAGUAGGAUUAACCAGGAGGUAGUACUGUGGAACCCAUCUACGAGAGAAUUUAAGGUCAUUCCCAGUGGCUCUUUUGAACGUACGAUUUUAAAAGCAUAUCCUCCUGGAUCUGUUUUUGAAGAUCUACCUAUAAUCCCUACCAUUAGUAAUAUUCAUGGUUUUGGUUAUGACCUUGUUACUAAUGACUAUAAGUUGAUUCGAUAUUUUUGUAUCGUUGAUUAUUACAAUAGUACAGAUCCAAAUGAAAAUACAUUAUGGCAAAUUUAUAGCCUCAAAAGUAAUUCUUGGAGGGAUCUUAAAAUUAAAAUGCCAAAUUACUCAUGGAAUAACAAGCUGACAGAUCAUAUUGGUGAUGCAAUAUACUUUCGUGGAAUGUGUCAUUGGUGGGGCUGUGAAGAUUAUUUUGGAGAAGUGAUGUUGGUAUCAUUUAACUUGGCUGAAGAAGUCGUUAUUACAACACCCACCAAACCUAUUUCUUGUGGAUUUUCUAAAUACAUGGUGGUGUUAAAUGAUUCAAUUGCUAUGAUCGAGGAUGAAAAUAUAUUUUAUUUUUCAAUAUUAAUUUUAGGUGAGAUUGGUGUCGCAGAAUCAUGGACGAGACUUUUUAGAAUUGGACCCCUAUCCGAUGUUAAUAAACCUAUUGGGGUUGGCAAGAAUGGUGAUAUAUUCUUAAAUAGAUAUUCCGAAAUAGAAAAUUUUAAUUUAGAUACAGAGAUGAUUGAAGAGAUUGGUUUUAGUGGAGAGUUCAACCAAAGUCAAAUAAUUAUUUAUAAUGAUAGUCUACUUCCUAUAGGAGGAAUACAUAGUUAAAUGUUUUUUUAGCUAAAAUUUCUAUUUAAUGAACAUUGAAUAGUAUAACAUU